AUGUUGUUAUUGCAUCUUGUUAGACCCUGGACACCAAUGAAUGUAACCACUACUACGGCCGCAACUGGUGAUGAAAAAGAUGAUGGCGACAAGACAGAUCAAGGAGAUGUCACAGAGUCUGGCACAGCUACAGCUGCAGUAACAGAUGACGCUGAUGUUCCUACUGACGGAGACAGUGGAACAACUGGAGAUCCCGAUACUGGUGGGGCAAAUUCAGCAUCGGGAGAGAGAACAACGAUAGAACCGUCGGAAUAA